UUUUCUCUCCACAUCCACCUGUACAGUCGCUUCCAUCCCAUCAUCUCCAACCUCGACAACUCUAUUCUAUAUAUUUCCAAACAUUUCCAGCCUUAUCCACACUCAACAGUACCAAUGAAGACUCCGGACACUGCCUUUCUGAGCGCGCUCAUUCCGACGCUGCUAAUCCUCAUCCACGUUGCUACGGCAGCAACUGACCACCCUUCCCAGAACACAACCCUCAUGACACAAGCCAACUCCACCUCAACAGAGACAACAACAAAAGCUGUUAAAUCCAGCAACGCGGAAAGUAGUAGGAAUUCCACAACCGAGGCUCCGCCCCCGCAAGGAAACAGUUCAUCUACCACUCCGUCUGCCGACAACGUGACGCUGUCGACAUCAGCCAGCUCGUCUCUCUUGCCGGUACAACCAACAACCCAAGGCAGCGCAGCUUUUCCAGUCACCCAAGCCAAGACCCCCGCCAUCCCUUCUUCUACAUCUUCGUCCGUUUCGCCCGCUACGCAGGCGGGGAGCGCAGGGGCGCUCGACGGAGGUUCCAUCACGAUAGUGCUGCUGGUCGUCAUUGUGCUGCUCAUCCUGAUCCUCGUGGCAGCAUUCAAGUGGGCCUCCCGCCCCUCGAACCAGAACAGCCCCGCCUCCCGCAUGAUAUUGGGCUUUGGGGAGAGGGUGAGGGGUGAGGUUAGAACCUUGGAGGAUAGGCUAGGGUUCCGUCUGUGGCCGGGGGAACCCAGCGAACAGAAUCCUUACUACCUAAAGUGA